AUGGUGUGUUGUUUCAUGAAUGUCGAUAUGAAAGCAAUGAAGGAACUUAUCCCCACCCUUCUUAUUUCUCUGUGCGGGCUUUUCCUUAUGUCUACCACGCUGUACGACCACAUAGACAGGGACUAUGCACAGCCCAUGCACUACCUUUUCAUUCUCAACUCAAUGCUCUGCUUCAAGAACAACAUUGAGCUAAACUAUGCAGACAUGAUGAGCAGCUCGGUGAAGAAGGCCCGGGCGCACAGGGGAUCUAUUUCCUCUGUUGACCUGAUUGAGUAUGUCUUUGACUCGGGCCUGAAAAUGUUCUUUAUCUCUCUUUCCUUCGGCAUUUUAAUUGGUGUGUGCUCGAACUACAAGAAUGUCCUUGAAAUGCUUCUUUUCAACGAUCUGUACAAGAACUUCAUUCUCAUCGUGAGCACAAUCCUCUCUUCUUUCUUUGCCGGAGCAUGCAGCUGCAUUUCCACCUUCAUUUGUGUUAUUAUCUGCAUCUUCAUGAGCAUUUCCUUCAGGUUCGACUCAGACAACAUUGUUCUCCCAAUUAUUGCGUCGAUGUCUGACUACAUAUGCACAAUGGCGCUAAACUACUUCUCGGAAAACAUUUUCAUGGAGGCCUUUCAGAGAUAUCCCUUUUUGAUCGACAACUAUCCGUCGGGUGUUCUUCGCCCUGAUGUCUACCGGCAGAUAUUUGCCACUAAUUGUGCCCUCAUGGUUAUAACGGUUAGCAUUCUGGGUGUGCUUUACUACCACUCGAGAAACAAGUGCAAUCUUCGGCUAUUUAGCGCAUGGUCGCUCUCUGUUUCUUUUGCGAUCACCAUGCUCGCUGGGCACAUCAUCAAUCUUGUGUCCCAGGACAAUAUGUGGCUCGGGUGCAUCAUUCCUUUGUUCAACGGGAUUUCAGGCUCGAUAAUUCUGAUUUAUGUGGGGAAGCUGACAACCUUUAUCAACUCAAAGGGCUACGAGAGCGAUGGAAGCGAAGUCAUUUCCAUCAGCAGCUACGAAGACUCGCAUAAUGAAGAAAGCGUGAAGAACCCAAAAAACACAACUACUCUUUGUACCAUAACUAUUACGUCUUUCUGUCUCUCUGUUGUUUCCUGUCUCCUCCUGAAGUUUUUCUUUGUCGAUAUGCCUUCUUUUUAUAUUUUUAUAUUCGGAGUUCUUCUAAACUUGGAAGUCUUUCUUCUGUACCAUAUGGUGAAUGCAAUUGUCUCUGUCCUGCAGUAUUUUAAAAUGGAUAUCUCCUACCACAUCGUGCCCCUUCUAAACGCUCUGAGCGACUUGCUUGGCAUAUGUCUUCUGGGCGGCGCUGUUUUUCUUAUAACAUAA